CUCAGCCAAGCUGCUUGUACGCUCUCCUUUUUUGACUGGGAAAUUAAAAUACACCCUAAGUUUAUUACUAUGACGAAAGGGCAGAAGAACAUACGAUGGUUCCUUGUCAUAUAUGUCGUGACUUUGUUGACAUUACAUACAACAGAAGGACAACACUUGACAGGGGAUCCUUGCACUGUUCAGAUCCUUGUACCUGGCCUGAAAGGAGAACCAGGGGAGAAAGGAUUAAAGGGAGCUCCAGGGAGACCAGGAAGAGUGGGCCCACCAGGCGAAAUGGGUCAACCUGGGGUUAAAGGACAAAAAGGCAUUAUGGGACACCAUGGAAAAGUGGGUCCAAGUGGAAUGAAAGGCAUAAAGGGAGACAUGGGGGAGCAUGGACCGCGAGGCCCGGAUGGAGAGCCAGGUGUUCCAUGUGAAUGCUCACCAAUAAGAAAGAUGAUUGGUGAAAUGGACAUUGUGGUGGACCAGCUAUCUUCUGAACUGAAAUUUAUCAAGAACGCACUGCCCUCCCCCGCAGCAAUCGCCGGCAUAAAAGAAACAGACAGUAUGGUGUAUCUCCUGGUGAAGGAGGAGAAACGCUACUCUGACGCCGACCGUUACUGCCAGGCGAGGGGAGGGCACCUGGCCAUGCCGAAGGAUGACGUCGCAAACACGGCCUUGGCGAGCUACAUCACAGAAGCAGGUUUAAGCAGAGUCUACAUCGGUGUUCACGACCAGGAUGUGGAAGGAGUUUUCACCUAUGUGGACCGCUCUCCCAUGUCCACAUUCAGCAAAUGGAGAAAAGGAGAGCCCAAUAACGCUUAUGACGAUGAGGACUGUGCGGAGAUGGUGGCCUCUGGAGAGUGGACUGAUGUUGCAUGUCACCCAACAAUGUAUUUUAUAUGUGAAUUUGACAGGGAUGCAGUUUGAUUUGCAGCAAUGUAAAAAUUUGCUAACUUGCAUAGCAAAGUCCGCUAGUUUAAAUGCUAUGUAACGCUAAUUUUUACCAGAUAGUUUCUGGUGUGCACCAGAAACAAUCUGAUUUAAAAGCAUUUUUUUGUAGAGUUGUCCGAUAAUGACUUUUUGACCGAUAACCAAUAUCAUCAAUCUCUGAAAAAUGAUACCGAUUUUUGCGUUUGUUCACUUAACGUGUUUUGUGUAAUUGUAUUGUGACGCCCUACUAGAUGCUUUCAUAAUGAUAAAUGUAACAACUUUAACUGAUUCACUCCCAGCCAUUUUCACCAGAGCAAGGCCCUUCACUCCCGGCCGUUUCACUGUAUUUUGACUGAUUUUGCAUGGCCCAAAGAAAAUUCUGUUCUAUUGCUAUAUAAACAUGGAACCCACCAAAAGAAAGAUUAGACUCUCUUCUUUCAGCAGACAAAAAAAAAAGUAAGUUCAUAUCUUUUUCCAUUCUUUACAAAUCAGCAUUAGAAAAUAACUUAGUUUGAGCAAUUUUCCAAUUUCUGAUGAAAAAACGGAGAAUGUUAGCUUUUUGUAAACGCAUACAUUUCAAACAUAACUUUGACUUUAACACAGCUAUUUUUUGCUUUCGUGACAUCCCAAACAUCUUAAUAUUGUUUUCCUUUUACAAAAUAUCACCAACAACGAGACAAACAGAGCUUUUGAUAGCCAAGUAACAAUUUAUUUACAACUUACUAACUGAAAGGUAUUGUGGCCGCGCCAUUGGUUAAACUUUUCCCUCAUCGUUGACUGUCUCAAAAAGAUGAAUUCCUUUGAGUCUCUGCGGGCUCUGCUCGCGAGCAGAACGGGCUUAACGGCAUUUAGUGGUCUCAGUCGUCCAACGCCUGGCGUCCCGGGCGUCCUAUCGGUUGUUCUGCUUGGUCGUCUUCCGCCAGUGAUCCGGCUUUGCAGCUUGGCCUCUCGUUGCCAUUGACUAGGGUUGCGGGUCUUACCAAAUGUGCUCCUGCCCUCCAGUGGGCAGGUUUAUUGCUUUAAAACUGAUUUUCUGCUUUGUGCUUUUGACUUCAAUUGAAUCAGAAGCCAGAUAUGUCUUUUUUUUGAAAAAAAAAUAAAAAAACAUAAGAGACGUAUAAAUGCGUCUUCAGGACACCGAAACAAUUAAAAAUAGAAACUACACAUUUUUGGGAGCAAAUGAGUUAAGGUUCUCCGGAUAAAAUAAACAUUUGGUGCACACCAGAAACUACCUGGUAUAAGUUAGCACUAUAUAACAUUUAAGCUUAGCGGACUUUUGCUACGCAAGUUAGCCAGUUUUUGUAAACAUUAGCAUUAUAUAAUGGACAUUUGCUAUGCAAGUUGGCCAAUUGUUGUAAACAUUAGCAUUAUGUUGUGGUGAACCUUUGUUUGUCAUAAUUCACCCACCGUACUUGUGUGUCUGAUUGGCCGUGCGCGUUACCGGCUGCGUCACAGUCAUGUGACAGACAAUAUAAAGAGCCGCGCGCGUUCCGGUUCAUUAGAGAGAGUGUACGAGAGUUCACAGAGGGCAGCAGAGCUAGCAAUAAAGACUCUUAACAAGCAUACCGCUUCAAUGUAACAUUUAAGCUAGCAGUCUUUUGCUAUGCAAGUUAGUCAAUUGUUGUCAACUUUAGCAUUAUGUAGCAUUUAUGCUAGCGGAUUUUUGUUAUGCAAGUUAGCCAAUGGCUUAUCACGUUACUUUUGCUCAUCAAUAUUCAUGAUGUUAGCAACUGUUGCUAGGCGGGUCAAGCUCGUGUUUGUCCCUCAUGCUACAUGCAUGUAAAUAUUGCACGAAUGAGAUGUUUACUGAGCUAAACCUACCAAUUCUGUCUGAAAAUGAUGUCCCUGGGGCCAAAUUCACUGGUAAAGAUGUGGAAGAACAUACAAAUGUUCAGUUAAAGAGAUGGCAUGAGUGUCGAGGGCUGAAAAAGAGCCGACCGGACAAUGACAUUCUCCUGUUUCAACAAUCUAUCCUCUACCACCAAAUGCCGUGUCUUUCUUAUAUAUUAUAUCCUCUGGUUUUCUUACGUUUCUGACUUUUCAUGGGGGCAAUUUACAUUGCUAUUUUUGUCUAGCGAUCGCAAAUGCUACUCAGCUACAGUCAACGAACACUUCAUUUUUUCAUUAAUAACAAAUCUUAAUUCUAUAAUUUAUUUACACUUCCCCCUUACUUAAGUUGUUAUUUACAACAGAAAAGGUAACAGUGGCUGUCAGAUACCAUUUUCAUUUUUUAUAGGUCAUUCAUUGUCAGACAGAGGCUGCACGGCAAAACGCCACGCCAAAAAAAUAGGUAAAAAAAAUAUCGGAAUGGCUUACCUGCUCGUUCUCUGUAGGUCCAUGGCCCCCAACAAAAUGUUUACUGCAUAUGAAGGUGAAUGGCGUCACCUUACUGGCGUUAAACUGGUCUUUUGACGUCUGCACAAGAUGAUCCAUUCUUCACAUUUUUUCGAGUUUUUGGCCUCGGGAUAUGUAUGAAGAAAACAUCCUUCAUAUGUCGUAAUGUCUAGAGUCAAGUUCCAUAGCAGCAGUGUUUACUCGGCAUGUUGUUUUUUUGAAAGAUUACAGGCAGAAAACAAGCAGUAGUAGCAUGGGUUGUAUGCGAGCGUGCUUCCAUGUU